GAGGUGGCCACCACAAAUCCCCUGUAUACCACUAACUUCGUCAACAGCUGUAUAUUCCUCAAGGUCCAUCCAUGGCAGCUUCCGGGAAAAUACGAGCUUAUGGGUAUGCUGGAAAUUGUCUGCAAAUGGCCAAUUUUAAACACCCAUUUAGUCGUCUCGUGAUAAAUUCUCGCAUCUUUCCAGCCGGUGUUGAACGAGUGGACCUGCAAUCAGCAAUUUCCUCCCAAUUUCUCAUAUUUAACAGCCCACGAUUUCUCAGCAGGCCCGCGGUGCACAAGCUAUAAAUUCCCCCCCUCCCAAAACACUUCACAGUUCAAGACUGCUUGGAAAAUUCAAUUAUAAGUUCUAAGCUUCGCUUGAGAAUUAUCAAUGGCGGAGUUUCAGGAUUUCUUGCCAACAAUGGCGGAGAAAUUGGGGGGACAGGAUUUUAUGGCAGAAUUGUGUAAUGGGUUUCGGCUUCUUGAAGAUCCCCAAUUGGGCGUGAUUACUUUGGAGAGCCUGAGGAAAAAUUCUGCUGUUUUGGGGUUGGAUUCUUUGACGGAUUCAGAACUCCAGGCGAUGGUGCAGGAAGGGGAUCUGGAUUGUGAUGGCGCUCUCAAUCAACACGAAUUUUGUGUAUUGAUGAUUAGAUUGAGCCCUUCUUUCAUGGAUGACGCCGAGAAAUGGCUUGAGAUGGCUCUGGUUCAGGAAUUUGAAGAAACCAUGACGUACUGUAACAAUUAAACAUGGAUUUUUGUGUGUCCUGCAUAUUGGCAGGUCAUAUUGUACUGGGUGAUUGGAAAUAUUUCCAAAAUUGAAAUAGCCAUGAGAUUUUUUGAA